ACUUUGAUCGCUUUACAACGAAACAGCAAAGGCGUCCACCGUCCAUUUUGUUUGGAGUUUAUGACAUGAAAAUCGUCUGUUUCAUGUGAGAUUUUGAAGGAUGUAAAGCUGAAAUUGCUGGUUAUUUCUGUUCUAUUCAGGACUUUCCUUUUACCACAUAUCAAGGGGACAAAAUACACAAGAUGCCGCGGUCUGUUGUUCUCCUGGCACUGGUGUGCUCAUUGAUCGGUGUCAGCAGCGCCGCCAUGUACUGCUUCAAGUGCACGGCCAAUCCGUACUGUGAGCCCCGAGACCCAGAUGACCCGGCCAACCCCAUCGACGUCAGCUCGGACAACCCUGGGGUGUAUGUCGGCAAAUGUAGCGGCGUCUGCUAUGAUCGUCGGAUUACCCACACUGCCUACAAAGAAACUCUGAUCUUCCGCGGAUGCUACGAGAGGGAAACGGACUGCGUACCCGGUUGCUUUGGGAACGAAGAACACCAGGACUGCGUCCGCUGCUGUAACAGGAACAUGUGCAACAGCGCACGCGCGGUGACCUUUAGUCUUCCCGUCGUCCUCCUGGCUUGGAUUGCGGCCAGAAUAGUGUCGCACUAGUGUUCUUUAUUUCUUUUUAGAAACUUUUUUUAUAACAUGCUUGUUUGUUUUUAAGGGGGUCAACUUAAGGGACGUAGAAUGUGCCUUAAUCAAAUAACA